ACGUGACACACACAGACAAGCUAGCAAGCGCUACUACACACCACACGGAUCAACUGCAGCUAUCUAGCUUGAUCCGAUCCAACAGCUAGCAAUGGCCGCCGGGAGGAAGGUGAUGGUGAGCAACGCCGGCGUCGCCGCCGCCGCGCUGGUGGCGCUGCUCGUGGUGGCCGCAGCGUCGGGCGCGGCCGGCAAACUGUGCGGCAUCAACCCGUCAAGCUUGGCGAACGAGUGCCGGUCGUACUGCAGGUGGGGCAGCACGGACAGCGCGCCCAGCGGCCAGUGCUGCGCCGCGCUCAAGGGCGCCCAGUUCUCGUGCCUCUGCCAGUACAAGGCCGCGCUGCCGUCGGACAUCGACCCCAAGCGCGCCAUGGAGAUCCCGUCCAAGUGCGACGCCGGGGCGCCCACCUCCUGCAAGUGAUCGAGCUCGCUUGCUUCGCGCGCGCUCAUCGCAUGAUCCGGCGGUCGAUGCGCGCAGCGGACCCGGCCAGAUGAAUAACUAGUGUUGUCACGUCGUGUUUAAUUUGCUGUUGAUUACUACUUUCUGAUCGGUUGGCUCAUUUGGUCGUGCGUACGUGCUUUGUGCGAGCCAACCCAUGUAUCCUCUUGUGCUCUACGCAAGUCAUAUUGUCGUGUGUCUACUACCUCAACUUUGUUGCAGCAAUUAAUAAAACUUGUUUGCCAUGUUUGUUAA